CAUGGCUCGUCUAUCCCCUUUUCACGCGUGUUUGCUGUUUUGUGCGUUACGGAUUUGCAGCGUCAACGGUGUGGAUUUGGACGAGCACUUGCAACAGCUACAAGAGAACUAUGAAAUUUUAGCAGCCAUUCUUAAUCUACUAGAAAAUCUGGAACGUAAAGUUGAACAGCACGAAACUCUUUUGGCAACUCUGAAAAAUGAGCACAAAACUAAAGUGUUCCAGAAAAUCGUUCCAUCAAAUUCAGUAAUCGAACGCCAAACAUCGAGAAAGAAAACUAUUUUCAGAACAUGCCGAGAGGUUCGCGCAGCGGAUCCGUCGCUGAGUUCCGGGAUGCACUGGAUCGACCCCGACGGACAAGGCGUCGGAGACGAUCCCAUCUACGUUUAUUGCGACAUGACCAAAGGUAUGCUCUACAAUUAAACAAAAGUGAAUUAAAAUUCUUAGCAUUCAAUUAUUCAAACAGGUUCAACAUCCAUCUUACACGAUAGCGAAUCACAGGUAACUGUUACUCAUUGCACUGGACCAGGAUGUGCUUCCAGGACGAUCAAUUACUCUGCAACCAUCAAACAAAUUUCGGCAUUAGCUGAAUUGUCAAGUGAAUGUCACCAAUCAAUACAGUACGACUGCACGAAUGCACCGUUCGAAAUUAACGGCAUUAGUUACUCGUGGUGGAACGAUAAACAUGGAAACCCACAAUAUUUUUGGUCAGGCAGCCGUACCAGUUUGCACACCUGUCAUUGUGGUAUCGAACAUAAUUGUUUCCAGGCGUUUACGGAAUGUAACUGCGAUUCUAAUCUACCGAUUCCGCUAGCUGAUAUUGGAGUCAUCAAUGAUAAAGAAAUAUUACCAAUCACGCGGCUGAAUUUCGGUCGGACCCUACAAGGAAGUUCGUCUGGCAAAUUCAAGGUGGGAAGAUUCGUGUGCUCCGGCCAAAUCGAUCGAAUGCCAUCGUCGUGCGAAGAUCUGCUGCACAUAGGUCACAAAUUAAAUGGAUUAUAUUUAAUUACACGACUUGGUACUGUAGAAACGGUAUACUGCAAUUUUUUAAAAUCACCUAAAGAUAAAGGUUUCGAAAAAUCAUUGGGAUUUGGAUAUGACGCGAGAUCGGCGCCUAUUUACUUUUACGUUCAGAAAAAUACGACGUUUUCAACAAUGAACGUUCCAAUAACGUUCGAAAUAGGGAAAGUGAACGUCGGAAAAGCCAUGGAUUUAAAGACUGGAAUGUUCACUUCACCUAGAACGGGAAAAUGUUUCUUUUCGUUCACGGGGUUAGCUCGAUUUCCAGCUUCAUCCGCGUACAAACUCCGACUCGGAGUAGGUCUCUAUUUGAACGGUUACCUGCAUGGUAGAGGUUGGGUAGCGAAUACUGGCAAUAAUCACUGGGGUCAGUUCACUCUCCAAACAACAUUAGACUUAAAUUCGGGGGAUAAGGUGUGGCUGCAGAUCACGGACGUGUCAGACGGCGUGUAUCUCUACGACAACGGUAACCAUUACACGCAUUUCACCGGAUGGCUUCUAGAAGAAGAAAGGUCAAAUUUAAUUGAAUUAAGGAGAGUUUUGGAAACUAAAGUUACUGAACUAGAAACGGAAGUUAGUCUUUUAAAGGGCCAAUUACAACAGCAAGAAUCGAUAUUAAACGAUGUACGCAAAAAGUUAACCAGUUGCACGCGUGCGUCAAAUAAAGUUAACGAAAUCAAUCGUCCAUUACCUACUCUAACUGGAUUGCCAUCUUCGUGUGAAGAUCUCAAUCUAAUUGGGCACACAUUGGCCGGAUUGUAUUCCGUUAUGGGAACUCAACUAGUCGAAACUGUUUACUGUGACUUUACAAAGUCACCUAACGAGCCAGGUUUCCAAACGAUGAUUGGAUAUUCAGAUAUCAAGUCAAUACCCACAUUCUUUUACGUGCAGAAGAACUUUGGUUUCAAUGUAACCGAUACCCCAAUUCCUUUUGAAGUGGAACGGCUCAACGUAGGAAGCGCAAUGAAUUUAACUUCGGGAAUUUUCACGGCACCGAGGACAGGAAAAUACUUCUUCUCCUUGUCGGGAUUCGCUACUAUUCCGCCAUCUGCAACGAGACUGUUCUUCGGUGUUGGUUUGUAUCUGAACGGUAAAAGCAUCGGGAUCGCCUGGGCCGAUGAAAUCACACCAGGUGAUCAAGAUGAAACGUAUUCGAUGCAGUCCACGUUGAAUUUACAAGCAGGAGAUGAAAUCUGGCUGGAAAUCCGCUUUCUUUCACCAGGUGUUUAUCUAAAUGAUCGUCCAGGUCAUUUUACGCAUUUCACGGGCUGGCUCCUCCAGGAAGAUAUUUUUCAAUCACUGUAAUCUUAUCUAGUUUUCAAUAAAACAAAACCUAUCCCACGUUA